AGCCUCACAUUUGUGCCUCCGCCGAACUCCGUCAAGGUCAUCUGAGAUCAACAAACCGCAAGAUGUCAGGAGAUGAAGCUGAGGUUCCUGUUACUGUUGAGCCUGUGGCUGUGGCUGCUGCUCCAGCUCUAGGUGAGCCCAUGGACCUCAUGACAGCAUUGCAACUUGUGCUUAGGAAGUCAUUGGCUCAUGGUGGGCUUACACGGGGUCUACAUGAAGCUGCCAAGGUCAUUGAGAAGCAUGCUGCACAGCUGUGCGUUUUGGCUGAGGACUGCGACCAGGCUGAUUAUGUGAAGCUUGUCAAGUCCCUGUGCGCAGAGCAUAAUGUUAACCUAAUGACAAUUCCUAGCGCCAAAACUCUUGGAGAAUGGUCUGGGCUUUGCAAGAUUGAUUCUGAAGGAAAAGCAAGAAAGGUUGUUGGUUGCUCUUGCGUUGUUGUCAAGGAUUUUGGUGAAGAUACAGAAGGCCUUCAUGUUGUUCAGGAGUAUGUGAAGUCCCAUUAAACCUGGAAGAGGUUGGAGGUUGGACAUUGAGGCCCUUUUUACUAGGGGUGGUGUUUAUUAGAUAGUCAUGGACCUUCCUUAGUAUUGCAUCUGUCCCAACUUAUAACAUGUUUUUCUGAUUCUCAAACCAUCAUAUUUUGGAGUGAUAAUUUUGUUAUGGAUUCAUUAGUAUUACCAAUCUUUGUUUCCCUUGGUAUCUUGCUCAUCUUUCAUUUCCAAGCAGAUGAUUUGAGUUGGAUAACUGUUCCUAUCCCCUGACUUUAGCACAUCAAUUGUGGUCCAUGGAUUCAUUGCAAUUUGAUUGAUUAGGCAACAUCCUGGAUGGAAUUGUGGCCCUUUGAGUCUGGCUGAAUCUACACCAGGAAUACUUGUGUAGCACAUUAGCUUUCAACUACCCUUCUUGUAGAUAUCAGUAUGGU